CUACCGAGUAUUUACGUACAUUUCCAACCCAAAGUUUUUUAUACAAUCCUUGAAUUUCCCAUCAAAUAGUAGUUCCGACUCGGCCUCAUUACAACAGUUGAUUUUUACAAUAACUUUAGAUAACUUUUUUCCCUAUGUGUUGAAGCUUUACGAGUAAUAUAAUUCAAUCUCCACCCUCGAAAUGAGUGCAAAUAAUCAAAAGCAAAUGGCCAUCAACGCAGGAUUAACCCGCAAAACGAAGUGCACCCGUCUGGAGAAUCCACCGAUGUCCCAGUCAUAUCGCCAGCAAGUCAACGACGAUUUCGGACAACCCAAGGAAAAGAUUCCAAAGAUGAGUAACAAUCGACGGAACAAGUCAUCCAAACAGCAGGUGCAGGAUCCACCAACAACACGCACCAAAGCUGUCGGCCCCGAUACGAACCAGAUGAACUAUUUUGAUCAGACUCGGGCCUCCAAAAAUCCGAUCAGAGCCGUCGGCGGAGGAGGAGGUGCAGCAGUCGUGGCUCAAAAAUACCAAAGCAGGUUAGAUCUAAACAACCAAGCAUCGAAGACAAUUCGACCACCGGAGACCUCAGGAAGCAUUCAAAAAUUGACACUCAAAGAGAUCAGGGAAUUCAAGGAACCAAAGCUGGUAAAGGAACCCAAAGAAACCCGAGAAUUACAAGAGACCAAAGAGUUCAAGGAGCUCAAGGAACUUAGGGAACCUCAAGCACACAAGGCACCCAAGGAUGCCAGGGAAAAGGUAGCCAAUAAAUCGCCCAAUCGUGCCUCACGACACAAUAGCAAUAGAACCAAAAACUACUUCGACAAAUACCUAAAGUUCGCCUUUGAUCUGAGCACUCCUGAGGGAGUCCAGCAACUAGAUGCCCAUUUCUUUCCCAACCAAUCCAUUGGCCAGGAUCCAAAUGCCCCUGCCAGCUCAAAUCUUAAGCGAGGGGAUCAGUUUUAAUUUUAUGUCAAGCCAAAAUUGUCAAGUUUUUAACGAUGCGAUUCUUAAAUUGCAGCGACUAUAUGAGUAUACCUUCAAAUUAUAAUUGUAAAACGCAAAUGUUACAGAUGUUAAUAAAAUUUGAAU